AUGGUGUCGGGAGACGACGUCGCCACAGGAGGUAUCACCGUGCCGGCGCCGAAUCAAAUCCACAUCACUGAUGCGGUUAAGCCGCACUCGAAAAACGCCUUUGAGAACGUCUUCGGACCGGAUAUUACUCAGGAGAAAAUUUGCUCAAACGUACUGCCGGAGCUCGUACAGGGAGUGUUCAGCGGGCAAGACUGCACGCUGAUCGCAUUAGGAGCCAAGUCAAGGGGUAAGCGAUAUGAGCUAUUCACUUAA